AUGAAUUCGCGCUUGCCGCAGGAGAAUACCUAUGAUCUGGAGCAGCAGUUCCUUUUAACCCUACCAGAAGAGGCCGCCCGGUAUUUGUCCGAGGAUCUCAACGUUGGUAUACCCCUGAAGGACAACCUAACCAUUGAAAUGAAACCAGACAUGCGAAACGCCAUUGUGCGUUACAACGGCCAGGUCUAUCGCGGUGUGUUGUUGGAUCUACCCUGCAUUCUGGAGUCCCUCAAGACUACCGAUCGGAAGACAUUCUACAAAACGGCGGAUAUCUCGCAAAUUAUGAUUUGCAGCCAAAGUGAGGAGGACGGUCCGAUCAGGGGUUCCGCGGCCUACCUUUCCUCCCGCUCUCAGUCUGGCAACGUCUCCGCCACAGGAGGGCGUGAUCCACGGGAAUACCAGUACCUGCACGGCAUCACCCCGCCCCUGAAGAAUGUUUUGCGCCGACGAUUUCGAAAGACCCGAAAGAAGCGACUAGUGGACAUGCCGCAGAUCGAAAAGGAGGUGAAGCAGCUGUUGAGAGCCGACAUGCAAGCUGAGGGCGUUAAGUAA